AUGUUUGAAUUUGAAUGUCCCAUUUGCUUGGAUUUUACCAUUGAUCCCUACGUACCUCCUGAUUGUCAGCAUUUCAACUGCAGGAAGUGUUUCGAUACUAUUCAAUCCGUUGACGGCCUCCUCAGUUGUCCACAAUGUCGAAAAUUAUUUAAAAUUGAUGAUAUUAAACCGUAUGAACCACCAUUGCCAUCUAUAAAGUAUUGCCUUGAUCUGUCCUGCCAACCUAAUAGUGGUUGCACCAAGUUGCACCUUGAAGAUCUCUGUAGAAUCUCUGAGACCACCACACCACCUACUAAACAGGCGACGGAAGAUGAGAAAGAAGACGAGGGUACAAUCUUCAAGCUGCCCGAAGACGCUACCUAUUGCACCGAUAUCUGCUGCCCAGGCGGAAGGAAUGCCAAGUGUGGGAAAAAACAUGAGGCGGAUUUGAAUUUAAUGGCUUUGGCUUCAUGA